AUGCCUAUUGAUCCCUCAGCUCCAGGACGGCCAGUGGGCCGGGGUCUUCAGAUAAUCGACUCAUCAACAAUCGAGAUCCGUUGGUCUCCUCCUGUCACAGUUGGCAACGAAUCUGACCACAAGACUGGUCUUCCCGUAUCGGAUGAGACACUAAUUCAGCGCUUAUCUUCAUUAGCUUGGUACAAUACUAGGCUGCCAAUGAUCGAGCAAUAUCUGGUCGAGUGGGCGGCAGUACCCUUUCGAAAUUGGGCCAGCUUGCGUGAGUAUGCCAACAAAAUUGAGAAUAGCGACACAAUCUAUUCUAAGGAAAUUAAGGGGCUUGAACUUGGAGUUGAAUAUCAGGUUCGUGUCAGUGCAUUGAAUGUGAAGGGAAAGGGCCCUCCUUUGGAUUAUGAACGAGUCUUCAUGAAAGGAAUGGAUUAUCCUGUUUUAGGCAGGAUGAUUGCUGUAUUUCUUUAG